ACGUAAAAAAUUCCGAGAAUGAUGUGUCAGCCGAAGAGGUUUUUUUUCUUGCGAAGAGGGUUCCAAAAAAAGUUUUUUUUUUCAGUGUCUGAGCAGUUCCAAGCAGUUAUAAUUUUGGAGAGAAUUUAGCAAAUUUUUUUGGCUCAAUUCUCUAACUGUUUUGACACCUGUAUAUUUUUUUUCAAAAAAUUGAGUCUUUAUAAACGAAACCGAAAAUAAACAACACUUCAUAGUCCACACACACUUAUCAGUCAAGUAGCGAGUGGGGUUUGGGAGUUACCAUGAUUUGUGUGUGAGAGAGACAGAAAAAAAAAGGGUUGGUUUUUGAAGCAUUGUUCUGAGUUUUUUUUAUAGUGUGAUAAGAUAAAGAGCUAUGGAUAUUUUAGAUUGCGCAAGAAUUAUAUUAGAUAGAGUUCUGAAAUUUGAUCCCGAUAAUGCUCGACAAAUAGUUGGUUAUCUCCUUAUGCAAAAUCAGGGUGGACCUGAAAUUGCUAGAUUGGCAUCUUGCCCGGACCAUAUCAUGGCCGAAGUCGUUCUUAGCGCCAAAAUUCAAAUGUUGGCCCUAAAUCCAGGCAUGACUUCCAUUCCGCCACCGAAUGUAGCUCCUCCCCGAGGUUUGGCCUAUUUUCCGGGUUUCACUCCAUCUUCACCACCACCACGGAACUUUCAGGUUCAAUCUACCUAUUGUGAUCCACAGUUUGCGGCUAGCAAUGUGAAUCAAGAAUUUAUGGGAGUGAGUUAUCUGGAUUCUGUGACAGAACUUCAGAAACAAGCAGAGAUGUUGAGUUUGGAGAAUUCUUUAGAUCCUGUGAAUAUCGGACCUAGAGGUGGUUUGGUCAAUGAUUACAACAACGGCUUUGAUUCUUCUGUUGUCAGUUUCGGCGGAAGAUCUACAAAAAGGUUUUCGAAUUCGAACCCGUCUGAAUUUCCGGUCAAGAUCUGUCACUAUUUCAAUAAAGGUUACUGUCGGCAUGGAAGUAACUGUCGAUAUUUUCAUGGUCAUGUUCCUCAUGAGAGCUUCUCUUCUCCAAUGCAUAUGCAUGGAAAUGGCGAUAAUGCUUGUAACGAGGAUCAAGUGAUUUCGCCGCGUUCGUUAGCUCAGAUAGAGUCUGAAAUUAUUGAGCUUCUUAAGCAGAAAAGAGGUAAUCCAAUGUCAAUUGCUUCGCUGCCGAUGGCAUACUUUGAGAGAUAUAAAAAGGCAUUGCAGGCUGAGGGCUAUUUAACUGAGAGUCAGCGACAUGGUAAGUCUGGUUAUAGUUUGACAAAGCUUCUUGCGCGGCUAAAUAGUAUUCGGCUAAUCGGCAGGCCUCAUGGACAGCAUGCUGUUAUUUUGGCGGAAGAUGCCCCGAAAUACAUUCAAUCCGGAGAUUUAGUUCAAACUAUCAGUGCUGCUCGACAAUUAUAUAUGACUUUUCCAGCCGACAGCACUUUCACAGAAGAAGAUGUUGCGAACUAUUUCAACCAAAUUGGACAUGUUGACGAUGUUAGGAUUCCAUGUCAGCACAAAAGAAUGUUUGGAUUUGUAACAUUUGCUCAUGUCGAAACCGUUAGAGGUAUCUUGGAAAAGGGAAAUCCCCAUUUUGUUCGCGGCUCUCGGGUGCUUGUGAAACCCUACAGAGAGAGGACAAGGAGAAAUCAAGAUAGAGUGGAGCACGUUCCUUGUUGUCCACGUUACUAUGCAAAUGUGGAUUCUGAACUUGACUUAAUUCCAAGAGAACUCGGAAAACAUAGACAGAUGCAUAGACAGAUCACGAGGAGACAGUGGAUGGAAGAGGCGCAAGCUUUUGAAUAUCACAAGAGAAGUCUUGAGCAGCUGCAGUUUGCUCAACAAGGUUUUCCCGUUGCAGGCUUUCCCGCCGACGGGUUAAGAGUUCCAGAUGAUCGAUUCAAUUUCCAGCCUGCAGAAGCUCUGAACUAUAGGAUGAAUAACAUAUACAAGACAGCAGAAACCAAUUCAUCUGAAGCAAGCAACGAAGUACACUGUCUCCCGGACGAGUUUCCGAUUGAAAAUAAUAAUUAAAAGUGAUUCAGUUUCAGAAACAUAGAAGAAGAGAAGUAUAGAGUUUAGAACAGUGGAAGACAAAGACAACAACAUAGAGUUUUUUUUUUGGAAGUACUUAGUCAAUUAGCAUGGUGAAGACAAGACAAAGACAAUGGUGGAAUUUACAUAAUCUUACUAUACAUGUAAGAAGUUUAUUGUUUUUAAUAAUUAUAGAAAUUAAGGAUCAUCAAUUAGAUAGUACUAGUAGUGUGUUUUUCUUGGUCAACAAGUUUACUUUAGUUGCUGGGUUUUCAUCUUUUAAAUUUGAAUAAAUAAGAAGUUGCGGGUUCGAA